AUGGAGCCCUCGCCGGAGCCUUCGCCGCCGGUCACCACGGACACCUUACCCGCUGCUGGCGAAGGACAUGAGACAUACCCGCCCACGGUGUCAUCCUCUCUAUUCCCACUUUUCCCCCUCUCCGCCUCCACCUCCUCCGCUCCCACCGCCGAAUCCCAGUGGCUUUCAAACCCUAGCUUCUCCUUUGAUGCCUCCUCCCUGAAUAUCCCGGCUACCACCUCCUCGUCGCUCCCGCCGCCGCUGAGCCCCUCGUCCGAUGAGGACACGCCGCUGCAGCCCGCCCCUGCGAAAUACGAGCUGGUGCCUUCGUCGCCAUCCUCCGACGAGGAGAGGGGGUCGCGGAUGAAGGAGAGUGGGAGGAGGAAACGGAGUCGCAAGAAGGGGCGCUAUGAUGGGGCAGCGGCGUCGCGGAAGGCUGGGGUUCGCGCCUGGGCUGGUUCGGAGACGAAGCCAGCUAAGGAUUACUAUGUCGACGCGAAGGGCGACCAUGAUAACCUGGCUUUUGGAUCACUUUACAGAAUGGAUGUUGCACGCUACAGAUCCCAGAACAUGCUGGAGGCACUUGGUUUAAAUCGUUUGAGGUUUGGUUCAUCACAUAUUGAUUUUGAUUCAGACUUGGAUGGAAUGGAUAACAAAGUUAGAGCUGGAGGCCGUUACUAUUCAGCAAAAAAUGCAGUUUUUGAAAGAAAUAAGGGUUUCAAACAUCUGAAAAUAUUUAAGGGAAACACCUCUGUAAUGCUUGCUGAAGAUUUUGUCCCCUUUGAUACACAGUCCCUUCCUGUGAAAAGCACAGCUGUGGAACAGGAGCUAGAGGAAUCUUGGGAAGAUGAAAUACUUCAUCGGACUAGGGAAUUCAAUAAGAUGUCUCGUGAACGUCCUCACGAUGAAAAAGUUUGGCUGGCCUUUGCUCAAUUUCAGGACAAAGUUGCUAGUACUCAGCCACAAAAGGCUGCUCGUUUACAAACUACCGAAAGGAAAAUUAGCAUAUUGGAGAAGGCUGUGGAGCUUAAUCCAGAUAGUGAGGAAUUAUUGCUUUGCCUUCUGAAGUCAUAUGGCAAGAGGGACAGCACUGAGACUCUAUUGGCUAAAUGGGAGCAAAUACUUACGAAGCACCCAGAUAGCUGUAAGUUGUGGAAACAGUAUCUGCUUCUGUGCCAAGGGGAAUUCUCCAGAUUCAAAGUUUCUGAAAUUCGGAAGUCCUACGUGUAUGCUGUACAGGCUCUAUCUGCAGCUUGCACCAAGCUAUGUAGGCAGGAUAAUGAAAGCAUGGAUUCCAAAUCUUCUUCCUUAGUUCAGCUAGAAGUGGGGUUAGUGGAUAUAUUUUUUAAUCUGUGCCGAUUUGAGUGGCAGACAGGACAUCGGGAAUUAGCAACUGGGCUAUUUCAGGCGCAAAUGGAGUUUAGCUUAUUCGCCCCUCCUCUGUAUCUGACGACAAGCAGUAAGCAAAGGCUCUUUGAACACUUCUGGAACAGUGGCGGUGCCAGAAUAGGGGAAGAUGGAGCUCUUGGAUGGUCUGAAUGGUUAGCAAAAGAUGAGGAGAGUAGACAGAAGUUGUCUAUGCAAGAAAAUUCACAAGAGACUGAAACAGGAGGCUGGAGUGGUUGGUUUGAUCCUUCUGUGGGUAAUACUGACGCAAAUGAUUUGUCAAACAAAUCACUGGAACCAUCAUUGAACGAUGGAAAUGAUGCCGAAGAUCUUGAUGCUGAGGACUCACCUGCACAAGAUGAUGUUGAAUCCUUGCUGAAAAAGCUUGGUAUCGAUGUAGGUGCAGAGUCCAAUAGUGAAGUUAAAGAUGCAGAAACCUGGAAUAGAUGGGCCUCGAUGGAGUUGUCACGGGACAAUGAGCAAUGGAUGCCUCUUCAUGAAAAAUCUGGAUCAAUUCAUUCUGGUGAUGCUCCAUCUGGGGAAGACAAUGACCAGCUUUCCAGAAUAAUUUUGUUUGAGGAUGUAUCUGAGUUCCUGUUUUCGCUAUCUUCAGAGGAGGCCCGCUUUUCUCUCAUAUGCCAAUUUAUUGAUUUUUAUGGUGGCAAAAUCUCAAGAUGGACAUCCACAAACAGUCCGAGUUGGCUCGAUAGAAUUUUGAGCUUAGAGAUGAUUACAAAUGACAUCCUGGAAGAUCUAAGUGCUGUAUCUGACGUUGUAAACAAGAACCAAAGUUCAUAUAGUUAUAAAUUGGAAUCAUUACUGGGAAGCAUGCAUGACCUUUCACAAAGGCCGGGCCUUAUGAAGUUUCUCAGAAAUGCGAUACUGCUUCUGCUUGGUGUUUUCCCUCGUAAUCAUGUCUUGGAGGAAGCUGUUCUUGUUACUACCCAAACGUUUACUCCUCAAGAGAACUCUUCCUCUACUCAAGCUAAUGCAUCACGGGCUUUGGCCAAAAGUAUGUUGAAGAAAGACAGACAGGAUUUUUUGCUUUGUGGGAUAUAUGGACGAACUGAGGCAAUGAAUGGGAACAUUGAACAAGCAAGGAAGAUAUUUGACACAGCACUGUUAUCAACUGAAGCAACUACUGAGGAUCUUAGGAAGAAGGUUCUGAUCCUUUAUCUUUGGUACGCUGAGAUGGAGAUAACAGUGUCCGCUUCAAGAAACAACUCUGACUCAAUGCAUCGUGCAGUUUACAUCCUAUCCUGCUUAGGGAGCAAUCUAAAAUAUUCCCCUUUCGUUGGCCCUAUUUCAAGGCUUCAGGUCUUGAAGGCUCGCCAAGGGUUUAAAGAGCAGAUUAGAAGCUUACAAUCUGCAUUUUCCUGUGGUGGUAUAAAAGAAGAAUCAGUUGCUCUGAUCUGCUCAGCUUCUUUGUUUGAAAGCAUGACAACAGGCUGUUCCUCGGGGCUUGAAGUGAUAGAGGAGACCUUCCCAAUGGCACUUUCAGAGAGCAGUCAUAACUUGGAGUGUGAGGAUUUGUGGGUGUACUACAUCAAACUGCUUCAGAAAAAUCUUAACCGAUUGAGUCUAUCAAGGGUCUGGCCAAGCGUAUCACAUGGAGUGCACAAAUAUCCCUACAAUCCAAAGUCAUAUUCAGCCAUGUUAACCCUGAGCUAUCUUUACAGUGUAUCCAACAAUCUCCGUCUCACACUCGACAAAUGUAGUCAAAGGGAUCCUUCUGUAAUCACCUUGCUCUUUGCUUUGUCCUUUGAAUGGAGUAAAGCCGGAUCUGACAAUAGAAUACACAGCCUCUUUGAGAGAGCUCUAGCUGAUGAUAAGUUGCAGAAGUCUGUUCUGUUGUGGCGCUGUUAUCUAGCCUAUGAGGCAGAAAUAGCCUGCAACUCCUCUGCAGCACGGCGUGUGUUCUUCAGAGCUAUACAUGCCUGUCCAUGGUAUGAUGCUGACAUGUAG